AUGAACCCAAUGCAGAAUGUCAAACGUUUCAUCGGGGAUAAAGGUGUCACAUUUACGAAUGCCUACGUGUCGUCGCCUAUAUGUUGCCCGAGCCGCGCGAGCUUCCUCACCGGCCAGUACGUGCACAACCACCUGACGGUGAAUAACAGCCUCAGCGGCGGCUGCUACGGGCGCAACUGGAGGAGCUUGGAGACGAAGACCUUCGCGGCCAUACUCUCCGGCGCUGGCUACGGCACUUUCUACGCGGGGAAGUACCUGAACGAGUACGGCGUUAAGGCGGCCGGCGGGCCGGAGGUAGUGCCGCCAGGGUGGGGAGAGUGGCACGGCCUAGUCGGCAACUCGGUCUACUACAACUACACGAUAUCUAACAACGGCGUGCCCACCCACUCCACCGAUCUCUACCUCACCGACAUUAUCCGUGACCUCAGCAUCAGCUACAUCGAGAACCAGACGGAGUCGCGACCGUUCCUAAUGGUCUUGGCACCGCCAGCCCCCCACCAGCCCUUCACCCCCGCAGACCGCCAUAAGGGUCUAUUCAGCAACGUCACCGCCGUUCGGCAUCCCAACUUCAACUUGGCCGUGGAAGACAAACACUGGCUGAUGAAGAUGCCCCCCUCCCCGCUGCCCGAAGAGAUGAUGCCCGAGCUGGACAGGGUGUUCCGUUCCCGCUGGGAGUCCCUGCUGGCGGUAGACGAGAUGGUAGCGGACGUUGUGGAGGCCCUGGACAGGAGCUCCCUCCUGGACAACACUUACCUUAUCUACACGUCGGACAACGGCUACCAUAUAGGUCAAUUCUCCCAGGUGUACGACAAGAGACAGCCCUACGAGGCCGACGUGAAAGUCCCCCUCAUCAUAAAGGGGCCGGGCGUCCAGGAGAACAUCAGGAACUACCAGCCGGUGAUGAACAUCGAUUUGGCGCCGACGAUAAUCAGCCUGGCCGGCCUCAAGCCACCCAGGGUCAUGGACGGCAGGCCAAUAGACCUGCAGGAGAGUGAGAACGAGAAAGAGAGCGAGAGGACGAUGCUGGUGGAAUACUACGGCGAGGCUAGGGACGGCACAGUAGACCCUAAAUGCCCGUGGCAUUACGACAACGCCAACCUAGCUCAAUGUUAUCCGGAGUACGAUUGCAAGUGUCAAGACUCGCGAAACAAUACGUUUGGUUGCCUUAGGCAUAUAGCGAAGAGGAUCAAUAUAAAAUACUGCCUCUUCGCUGACAAUGAGAGUUUCAAGGAGAUGUACGAUCUGGCUAAAGACCCAUUCGAGUUGAAAAACAUCGCAGACGAAGUUCUGCCUUCGAUCAAACAUUGGUACAAACUAAUGUUGUCCCGAAUGUUGGCCUGUCGAGGAAGCGACAAUUGCGACCAUCCACUGGAUACGCCCAAAGUACACGCGCAGAAGUUCCGGAGC